CUCCGAACGUCGAGUGAGCCGGAUCGCGUUACGCUCACGCUCCGUCUCGUUCAGUCUCUCACUCUGUCUCUCGCGCUGCCGUUCAGAUUGGUCUCGUGUGUGUUUGUUCGCGCUCGACUUUCAGAUCGGCCGGUGGCGGUUUGUGUUGCUGUCGGUAUCGCUGGACCGUGUGCGCCAGUGGUUGUGUUGUGUGCAAGCGGGUAUCUCGCGAAGGGUGCCUCGCCGGCAUCUAUCCGGAUGGACCGUGUUUUUGUGCGGUGUCCUUUUUGGUGAAGCGUAUACAGGGUAAGAAGCGAGCAUCGUACCACCAAGUACCCGUGGGUGUGUGUGUGCGUGCGCGUCUGUGUGUGAAUGUUGUGUGCGUGUGCCCGCAGGUGUAAACAAAAGUGAGCGGCCACCAGCGAAAGAUAUGUUCGAUCAACACAGCAUAGAAGCAUAGCUGGGCAACGUUGGAAUUAGUGCGGCAAGCUUCGACAACAGCCAACGGCUAGCGAGUGGUCACACCCGGGCUGGGAGUGAACGAAAGAAGUGAAAAAAGGUCUCUCCCAGAUCCAACGCUGCGCGGCAGGCAACCCCCUCGGACGCACUCAUUAGAGAUCGAACAACCAGUGGCACCAGGGUUGGGCCCCACUGCACCUAAGCGCCGUCAUCACCGUCACCGAAGUCACGAUCAUUGACCCCGGAAAAUCGAGCGACCAAUCGUGGCUUGCGGUGGGUCGAGGAAGCAUCGCACCCCGACCGCGAACACGUGAUUGCGUGCGUGCUACAGAGCGAAACGAUCCAUCCGCCGGUGGUAUAGUGAUGAUGAUCGCGCCGAAAGCACGAUACAUUGGCUAAACUCUGGCCGUGGACACGGGUAGCGGACAGUGGAGUUGGAGCUCAACGCACUGUGCCAUAAAUCUGUCCCGUCAAGCAGUGUUAGCUUAUGAACGUAAUUAGCUGUAAAAUGUGCAAAAUGAUGUGAAUCGAGGCGGGCAAAAGAGCGGGUGCGAUCGUGAUGAAGUGAUCGUACAAUCUCGGGAGCAAUCUGACGGCCACGGCACAAGCGCCCAGAUGCAGGAAAUGAGCGGUGAAAGUGUGAUAGCAUUUGUGCGACAGCUGCACAUGUCAUUGGAGAGUGUUUAAAGAUGUGCCCGGCCAUGUUGGUAGUGCCCGCACCACGAUCUAGUUUCCGUUUGUUUGGGAAAAUGUGUACACUUUGCAGUUGGUGCCCGGCGUGCCCUUAAGUGUGUGACGCCUCGUAAAUACACUCCCAAAGUAUAUUGAACUGUGAUAGUGUUCCGUGUGUGUGUGUGCUGUUGGAUUGGACGCUGAGCCAAUCUGUUUUUCAGUGUGCUUCAUUUAAGUACUUCCGAAAGUGAUUGUGUGUGCGUAUUAAAGAUUCGUAAGUCUUCAAGUAUCGAGAUGGCGUUACAGUGGAAAUCGUUUGCACUACGCACGAAGCGUGGAACAAAAGUCGAAAGCUUAAGACUGGCGGUGACAAUGUGCUCGUUGCUGUUCGUGCUGCUCGCCACACUCACGGUGGUGGCCGCGGCUAGUCAAAAGGAGGCCGAUGCGGAAGCUGCCGGCAGUGUGGCGCACCGUGACGUCCAAGCGGACUGGCCCAACUACCAGUACCCGGAGCAUCAUGCUCCGCAUCAGCAAUCGCGUCGCAACGGUCACCGAGCCAACGGGCAGCAUGCCGGGCGCCGACGACACCAUCAGUACCGGGUGACCAAGAAUCGACGCGUCCGGGCACCGCAGGAUGGGCGCGGACGGGUGAAGAAAAGCGGCACCGGAAGCGUUACGGGCAAUCUGCUAGCGCAGGACACGGUCGGUCAGCUCCCGUUGGCCGAUCUGAGACAGACGCGCGAGCGCAAGCCAAACAUCAUCCUGAUCCUAACCGACGAUCAGGACGUGGAGCUUGGUUCGCUCAACUUUAUGCCGCGCACGUUACGGCUGCUUCGGGACGGGGGAGCCGAGUUCCGGCACGCCUACACCACCACGCCCAUGUGCUGCCCGGCCCGGUCUUCCAUCCUGACCGGGAUGUACGUGCACAAUCACAUGGUGUUCACGAACAACGACAACUGCUCGAGCACCACCUGGCAGACGACGCACGAGACGCGCUCGUUUGCCACCUACCUGUCGAACGCGGGCUACCGGACCGGGUACUUCGGGAAGUAUCUGAACAAGUACAACGGGUCGUACAUACCGCCCGGAUGGCGAGAGUGGGGCGGGCUGAUCAUGAACUCGAAGUACUACAACUACAGCAUCAACAUGAAUGGGCAGAAGAUUAAGCACGGGUUCGAUUACGCGAAAGAUUACUAUCCGGAUUUGAUCGCGAACGAUUCGAUCGCGUUUCUGCGCCAAUCGAAGCAUCAGAACCACCGGAAGCCAGUCCUGCUGGCGAUGAGCUUCCCGGCACCACACGGUCCGGAAGAUUCCGCCCCACAGUACAGCCAUUUGUUUUUCAACGUCACCACGCACCACACACCGGCUUACGACCAUGCCCCGAACCCGGACAAGCAGUGGAUCCUGCGAGUAACGCAGCAGAUGGAACCGAUUCACCGCAAGUUCACCGAUCUGCUGAUGACCAAGCGGCUCCAAACGCUGCAAAGCGUGGACGUGGCGGUCGAGCGUGUCUACCAGGAGCUGAAGGCACUCGGCGAGCUGGACAACACGUAUAUCAUCUACACGUCCGACCACGGCUACCAUCUCGGCCAGUUCGGGCUGAUCAAGGGCAAAAGCUUCCCGUUCGAGUUUGACGUCCGUGUACCGUUUCUGAUGCGCGGUCCCGGUAUCGAACCGGCGACAGUUGUCGACGAGAUCGUGCUGAACGUUGAUCUGGCCCCAACGUUUCUGGACAUUGGUGGAGUGGCUCCACCGCCCCACAUGGACGGGCGCAGCAUCCUUCCGCUGGUGCUGAACCGACACCGGACGGUGCUAGACAAGUGGCCGGACACGUUUUUGAUCGAGAGCUCGGGACGGCGCGAAACUCCGGAGCAAAUACAGGAGCAGAAGCAGCGAGCAGCGGCCGCUCGGUACAGUGCACGGUUCAAUUUGGUGAAUGGUAACGGUUCGCAGCCGAAGCUUGUACCGGAAGUGCUGGUCGAGAGCCGGCACACGCACGGGGAAGGGUCGAGCGGUGUCGCCAGCGUAAUGACGGGUGGGGCAAACGAUCGUAAAGAGCUCGACUUUAGCUCGCACGAACACGACGACGAUGAGGACGACCAUGAGCUGGACGGAGACGAUGAUGACGACCAUCUUGGAGCGAUCGAAAGUGAAACCGAAGCGAUCGAGCUGACGAAGCACAACGAACAGCCCGAAGACUAUGUGAUCGAUCAUCAGGAGGCACACACAUUUGAUCAAGCCCCACCGCAACACGACAACCAUCAUCUGGAUAAUCAUCUGACACCGUUCCGCACGAAGAUGGAUCGGCUCAACACGGAGUGCUCCAACCCGGCGCUGCAGCAGAACUGCAUCCCGGGCCAGAAGUGGCAGUGCACGAGCGAGGACGGUCGGUGGCGCAAGCACAAGUGCAAAUUCCACGGCCAGUUGCAGCAGCAUCUGGCGGAAAUGGCGCGCAAAACGAACGGCCAGGCGAACGGGCGGAAUUGUGCCUGCUUUACGCAGGAUAACUUCUUCUACACCAAAAUCAAAACCAAGCGUGAUCACACGAAAUGGCAACCGUUGGCGACCGGGCAGCCGAUGGCAACGCAUCAACACCGGCGCCGGCGAACCCGCCAAAAGCGGUCCGUGACGACCGGGCUCGGUGGCGAUGAGGAGGAACAGGUGAUGCUGAUGGAAGCGGAAGGACCGACGUUGGAAUCGUUGGUGCAGGUGGCCGCACGAAUCGAUGCGCUACAGCGAUCGCUUUAUGCGGGUGAGCUGGAAGAGCACGAAUCGGAAGGCAAGCGAACGAGAAACAAGCGUGACACGACAUCUUCCUCGCCUAGUCACUUGGCGGAUGUGAUACAUGAGCUGCAGCAAACGCUGGUAGAGAUCGAGCGGGAGUACGAACAGACGGCGACGGUGGAGAGCCGUGAUGAUCACACCACGAACGGCUCGAACACGACGACGAGCGAAGGUGUGGUGGAACCGUACGGUGUCACAAAGCGAUGCUCCGUCAUUGCGGCAGACAAAAUCAACUGCUCGAAUGUGAUCUACGAGGACGAGGUGAGCUGGAGGCGCAACCGCAUGAAGGUGGAUCAGCUGAUCCGGGUGCUGAAGGAUAAGAUCAAUGCACUGAAAGACAUCAAGCGGUUGCUGCGCGAACAUAGGCCGGCAGGAUAUCGAGGCGAAGACUCGGAGCUGGAGGAUAAUGAGGAGGAGGAGGAGAACGAAUCGAUUGGUAGCGGUGGGAUGGGGGAACGGACGACCUUAAGCAGCAGCAGCAGUACGACGGUUUCGAGUACAACUGCAACAUCCUCGGUGACGGAACAGUUGGAAGUUGUCCAGACUCCCAGUGGCAGCGCAGGGCCAAGGAGAGUACAUCCCUCAAGCGGUACCGUUGUACGUCGUCCCACUGGGAAGUAUUCACACAUUGGGUACGGUCAACGGCGGAAGGUAUCGAAACCGACGGCAGCACCGGCGGACGACGAUGCCGAGGGAUCGCUGAUUGAUAUGAGCCUGUUCAUGACGGAUGUACAACCCUCUCCAUCAGCUACUCCGAAGUACAAUCGUACCGGUUAUGGUGGUGGAAGGCAUCGUACCAGUGGAACGCAGCAUCGUGGCCAUCGUGGACGGCAUCGGGGAGAGUUUGGGGGACCGUAUAAUGGCAGUACAUCUUCGUCGACUUCAUCCAGCACAAGCUCCACAAUAGCAGAACCUACAACGGAAUCGAAUGAAGGCUCACCAUCAGUACGCGGGGAGCACUGGUUCACAACCGAUUCGAGCCGCGAGUCAUACGGUGCAGGGCCCGGUACAACCGAGAGUCUCCAAAACCAAACGUACACCAGUGACGAACAGAUCUCGCCCAACGCUAUCGAUGCGGGUGUAAUGUCGUUCUCCACUACGACAACGGAACAGUCAUUGGUUAGUUUGAGCACAAAUUCCAUCGAUCAGCACAACAUUGUCAUCGAUCGACAGAAGUCCACAGACUCAGACCUUGCGGGCGGUAACUCGGUGCAGCAAAAUGUGAUACCAACGCCCUCUACCGUCGGUGCCACGAUUCCACCGACCGAGUGCUACUGUGCCGCAGAAACGGAAAGCCCCGUACCGGAUGAGAAGGAGCUGGCCCGCGAAACACGCCGCCGGCUGAAGGAGGAACGCCAGCGGAAGAAGGAACGCAAGCGCAUCAAGAAGGCGAAGAUGGAGAAGGAGUGCCUGUCGGAGCGGAUGAACUGCUUCAGCCACGACAGUAACCAUUGGCGCACGGAACCGAUGUGGGACGACAAACCGUUCUGUUUUUGCAUGAACGCGAACAACAACACGUACAGCUGUCUGCGCACGAUCAACCAAACGCACAACUUCCUGUACUGCGAGUUCACGACCGGGCUGGUGACGUACUACAACCUAAGAAUAGAUCCGUUUGAAACGCAAAACCGUGAAUCAUCCCUGACGGCGGAAGAGAAGGCAGUGCUGCACGAAACGCUGGAGGAGAUGAAGCGCUGCCGUGGCAAAGGCUGCACACUACCCCGGCACCAGCAGAAUGUGCUCCCGGAGAGUAAUAUGCUGCCGUCCGGUGCAGGAGCAGCUGUAGGUGGCUCCAUCGGUAACGGUAACGGUGUGGGAGGUCGUCACGCAGGUGGCUCGAUCGGUUACGGCAUAGCAGCUGGAGGGAAUCGGCGAAAGUAUCACACUCACCGUGAUCACCUUCAAUCUGGCGUUGGUGUUGGAGGCAGUACUGGUACGGCCGCACACUACCCAGGAGAGUACGACAGUGGGAUGCAUCUGCCCGGUGGUAUUGCGCCUGGGGCAAGCUCAAAGAAAAAGAAUAAAAAUUGGAAAAGAAAACAUCACCAACAGCAGCAUCAGCAGCAGCAGCAGCAUCCGUCGAACCGUCGGCAGUAUGGAGAUCCAGCAGGAUCGGCAGCGGACAGUGAUAUCAUGCCGGAUUUGCUUCUACCCACCGGUACCGGGAGUGCCGCGAAGCGAAACCGUACCAGCCGCCGACCGGUUUGGCGAACGAUCUACACCGAAUGAGAGAUGAGCAGUACGAGCCUGCCGGCUGAUGUAAUUAACGUGUGCAAUCUUUAACUUGAUAUUUAAAGCGGCACGGAACCGAGCGCUGCGCUGAUCUAUACUUUCAAACAGUAGCAGCAGCAGCAUGGUCGUGAUAUACCCAGCGAUCGCCAUUCCCACAGCGCGAACCCUGUGCUAUGAUAAGUAGGUCCCGCAUCUCCCGCGCCUUUCUGCGGGGUGGUAUGGGGAGUAGUAUUUUAAUGUAAUCUCUAUGCUUUAUCACUGUUUAUUUUUUUUUCUCGUGUCCGCGUGGCUACUAACGCUGGAUUUGUUUUAGUGUGAUGGUUAUUUUUCUUUGAGCCAUUUUAACGAAGCGAUCAUGACCCCGUGCAGCAGUAUAGUAUGCUAGGAUCGUUUUCGCCAGGACCGCAGCUAUUGCACAACAUUACGUUCAACCUUGGUCCACACUGCCAUUCCAGUACAAUCUGCUAAACAAAACAGAGAAAAAGGAUCAGGAAAGUGCCCCAAACACACUAAAACUAAAACAAUAACGGAAGCAACGGUUAGCUUACAAUCACUGAUGGAUCACAGUCGAUGCUAUUUGCACUAUGUAAUGUGCAAUGUAUCGUUUAGAUCUUGUGCUUUUUUAUUUUAUAGUUUGACAGUCACAAUUACGCCAUUAAUAAUUAGCUCUGGAGGCUUUCGUAAACUAUUUAUUGCCAAAAAGUCGAAGGAAUUAGGUGUCUGCGGGCUUUUAAGAUCGGUCAGCACUCGGCUUGAAGCAAACGUAGGAUCCAUUUUGUUAGGAAUUGAAUUGGCCAGAGUGUACACGCGACCCGCUUGAUUUUAGUCAUACGCUUUUAGCCCAGUUUUAUUGGAGUAGCUGUAAGUAAAUGUGUAAUAAUUUAUCGUAUUAGUGGCGGGCGCGUACGAGUGCAGUGAAUUGAUUAAAUUUUACUAAUCAACCAAGAUACAGGGGGUGGAGAAGAUAGAUUCAAUCCACUGUACAAUAUACUUAUCGAAGGCAUCGAACAACGCGAACCAACAGAGCCGCACACUCAGAAACGAAAUAGAAGAGGCUUCCGUGCUUCUUGGAUACAAUUUUACGUACAGUAAGGAGUUUAGUUCAAUUAGAAGUGGGAUGUUUGUUCUGUUCACCGCAGCGUCCGCAGAGCAUAUUUAUUGCUUGAGAAGAAAUGCGCAAUACAUCCUACAGGCGCAAUGCUUGCAAAAGCACAAAUCCAUUUAUACAAGCGAUUUUACUAUCACACCACAAAGAGCAGCAAAGUAUAACGCAUUUACCGAUGGUAUGUUACGUUGAAAUUGUAUCCCCAAAAUUGCCGAGCAAGGCAAACCCCCUCUCAAUUGUACAGCAUUGCGCAGCGAAAAGCUUGGAAACGUGUUGAACCGGCUUCCUUUUUUAGGGCUUAGUAUUUGGGCGUUUGGGACAGUGGAAAAAAGGGGGAUGGAAAUAGAGCGCACCACCAAAAACUAACACGCACACAUCCACCACCACUGCGCAUAGUUGCACAGGGUGGGCAAACAAAUAAUCGCAACGAUACACAUGCAUGAUAUGAUAGUAGUGAUGUAUACAGUCUUACUGAGCAAAGUAAACCCACGCACCUCGACUAAUACAAGGUGCGUUGAGAAAAGUGA